UGCUUGUUAUCUGAGAAAUCAGUUAACAGUGUUGGCAAAAUUUGAAUAGUUUUUACUCUUAGGAGUAGCAUUUACAUCCCCGUUAAGUAGCUCCACCUCCCUCCUGAAUUUUGGUGUGGCUUAACCUCUGGAAACUGAAUCGCCAGCCAAACGGAUGUGUAUACGUCCAUAAAGCAGGCAGUGAUUUCACCAGGCUAAGCAGGAUGUUGGGGAUUUCUGCUUCACGGCAAUGCAAAUAGUUCGGCAUCUACAAGCCUAGCGGGAAAUUCACUCAACUACUACACGCGUGUCUGUUAGGCAUUACCCUGAUAUGGUGUUAAUACAGUGGAGAGUUGCAGUAGAAUAUAAAAGUGUUGCAGAGCGUUGAAGCGACGGUGAGACAACCUGUGGCUGAUAUCCCGUCUGUUUUCAGGCGCUCAAGUGUCAUUGGCUGGCCGCUUGCUUUAGUCAUAUAACGUCUCCGCUCUCUGAGCUGGACGUAGAGGUGCGGAUUUUUUACCGUUAGAAGGUGAUGGCAGAUGUGCUGUAAACGGAAAUUAUCAUGAAAGUUUGACCAGGGAGACCAGGGAUCAGUUAUUCGAGAAGCGUCAUAUCACACCUCAUUUUGUCAUAAGCUUGGAUUAAUACAUCGUCGUGAGCAUAUUAGUAACGAGACCCAGGCGUUUUAUACUGGAGUUUUACGUGCUGAUGUUACAAACGAAGUAUGGAAGGCGGUAAUACACAUAACGGCAGAACUCUUCGCAGAUGCAGGGCGUCAUUGUCUUGAUGCGGUCUGUCAAGGAUCAGUGGGUGAACUGUAUAGUUCUCGGGUGAUUCGAGGGAUCUAUCAAUUGUAUGACUGAUUUGCCUCCAAUAUGCACGUCUUGAUCGUUGUUUUAUUAAGUGUGAUUUGCAUCACUCGGGUUGCCCCCGAUCCUUUACCAAUUGUUAAAAUGGCUGUUCUGUUGCCCUUUAAAGGUAACUACCCUUGGGGCAUCCCAGUCACCCUACCCGCUUUAGAGUAUGCUGUGGAGUACAUAGAGAAAAAUGCCACCAUUUUACCAAACCACCAUAUACAGCUCACCGUAAAAGAUUCUCAUUGUUCAGAAACAUUCGGACCGCUGGCCGCCAUUGAGAUGAUGAUGGUGUUACAGCCCCAUGUCUUCAUCGGCCCAGCGUGCGAUUACGCCGUGGCGCCAGUCGCCAGGUAUUCUCCUAGCUGGGGUAUUCCAAUUUUAAGUGCCGGUGGCCUUGUGGCUGCCUUUCAGGACAAAAGACAAUACAAGUUGCUAACUCGCAUCCAGGCCUCAUACGCGAAAGCUGGCGAAUUUUUCGUCCAUCUUUGCUCAAAUUUCAACUGGACUAAAGUAGGUCUACUUUAUCACAACUUUCAAACGGACGCAAAUGAAGGGCGGUCUGAUUGCUAUUUCACUAUGGAAGCAAUUUUCAUUGCCGCCAGGAAAUACCUCAAGGUUCGUCCAUGGCAUAAGCCUUUUGACGAGCAGGAUCCCACAUUGGAUAUUACCACGAUUCUCAAGGACAUGUCAAAACAUAUCAGAAUUGUCGUACUCUGCGCCUCUCCAGACUCUGUCCGGGACAUUAUGCUGAAGGCGGAGGAACUUCAGUUCGACAAUGGAGAGUAUGUCUUCUUCAAUAUCGACCUGUUUGUCAGUAAAAACCAGAGUGAAGUUCCUUGGUAUCGUGCCAACGACACGAAAGAAACCAACGAGCGGGCCCGGAAAGCUUACGAGGCGUUGAUGACCGUGACGCUCCGGAAACCCACGAGUCCUGCCUACCACCGCUUCUCGGACGAAGUGAAGCGAAGAGCGCAAUCCAAGUACGAGAAUUUUACGUAUGGGGAAGAGGAGGUGAACAGUUUCGUUGGAGCCUUCCACGAUGCUGUCAUUCUCUAUGCUCUUGCUCUAAACGAGACCCUCGCAGAAAACGGGAACAUCACCGAUGGCGCCGAAAUCACCAGGCGAAUGUGGAACAGGACCUUUGAAGGCAUAACGGGCACAGUCAGUAUCGACGCUAAUGGUGACCGGAAUGGGGAUUACUCGUUGUUGGACCUCAAUCCAGUAACCCAAAAAUUUGAGGUUGUCGCUAAUUACUAUGGCAAUAAGAAGGUGUACGAGCCCGUCACGGGGAAAAGGAUACAUUGGGCAGGGGGUCGGAAUUCACCACCUCCGGACACACCCGAGUGUGGCUUCGACUACUCUCUGUGCCCUCCAGAAGAACCCAUCCCAGAGUAUGUGAUCGUCAUCAUUGUGUUAGGAUCCAUCUUGCUGAUGGUGCUGGUUGCUGCUUUCUUCAUCUACAGACAUAUCAAACUGGAGGCAGAACUGGCGGAAAUGAAUUGGCGAGUAAGGUGGGAAGAUAUAAUGUUUGGAACAGGAGAAAAAACGAAACAGGAGAGGAACGGGAGUAGGCUUAGCCUCAACCGGCGCUAUUCCAUGGCCAGUUCCAUAUCCGGCGACACCAUUGCGGUUCACCUCAGCGACGUGGGAAACAAACAGUUGUUCACCAAAACGGGAUAUUAUAAGGGGACAAUUGUUGCUAUAAAGAAGAUUAAUCGCACUAACUUCAACAUCAACAAACCUGCGUUAAUGGAAAUUAAAAAGAUUAAGGAUUUACAGAACGACCAUAUUUGUCGGUUUAUAGGCGCCAGCAUUGACCCGCCCCACCAGUGCAUACUUACAGAAUACUGCCAAAAAGGCAGUCUGCAGGAUGUAUUAGAAAACGAACAGAUCAAACUUGAUUGGAUGUUCAGAUAUUCACUGAUGCAGGACAUUGUGCGGGGCAUGACAUACUUACACAGCAGUGAAGUCCGCAGCCAUGGGAAUUUGAAAAGUACAAACUGUGUCGUGGACAGCAGAUUUGUGUUGAAAAUUACAGAUUUCGGGCUACAUUCUCUAAGAGACGAAGAAGACGAUGCCGACUUCAACACGUUCGCUUACUAUAACAGCAAACUCUGGACAGCACCGGAGUUACUCCGCAUGCACAAUCGGCCACCAGAGGGCACUCAGAAAGGGGACGUCUACAGUUUUGCCAUCAUCUGUCAGGAGAUUGUGUACAGAUAUGGCGUCUUUUAUUUAUCAAAUUGCGAAGGCGAAAUAGGACCACAAGAGAUAUACCAGAAAUUAAAAGAUGGCGUCCGCCCGUACUUCCGGCCUACUAUGGAGCCUGCGGACUGUCCGAAUGACGAACUGGCGGCCGUUAUCCGUCGAUGUUGGUCGGAAGAUCCAGCGGAAAGACCCGAUUUCCAGAGUUUGAAAUCUAUAGUUCGAAAAUUAAAUAAGGAUGGAGACAAGGGUAACAUACUCGACAACCUGCUCUCCCGGAUGGAGCAGUACGCCAACAACCUGGAGGCGCUGGUGGAGGAGAGAACUGCCGACUACCUCGAGCAGAAGAAAAAGGCAGAGGAUUUGCUUUAUAGUAUGCUGCCCAAACAAGUAGCCAGGCAGCUGAUAGCUGGAGAAUCUGUGGCAGCGGAAAAUUUUGACAGCGUAACUAUUUACUUCAGUGAUAUUUGUGGCUUUACCGCCAUGUCGUCCGAGAGCACUCCCAUGCAGGUGAUCGACUUACUUAACGAUUUGUAUACGGCAUUCGAUUCCAUCAUUGAAAACUUCGACGUAUAUAAGGUAGAAACGAUAGGUGAUGCGUACAUGGUUGUUUCUGGGUUACCGGUGAGAAACGGAAAUGUCCACGCACGUGAAGUAGCCCGGAUGUCACUUGCCCUCCUCAAGGCAGUUCUGUCAUUCAAAAUAAGGCACCGCCCUAACGACCAGUUGAAACUCCGUAUAGGAAUACACAGUGGUUCAGUGUGCGCGGGGGUUGUGGGAUUGAAAAUGCCCAGGUAUUGUUUAUUCGGUGAUACUGUUAACACGGCAUCAAGAAUGGAGUCAAACGGUUUACCGCUGAAAAUACAUGUGAGUCCAUAUACAAAGAAAGUGUUGGACGACUUCGGGACGUUUGAUCUGGAGUUACGUGGUGCUGUAGAGAUGAAGGGAAAAGGGAAAGUCACCACUUACUGGCUAAACGGUGAAUAUCCCGAUGUGAAGAAAAGUGGCUCUGGCAAUAAUAUAAAAGCUCCAGACUCGCCAGAUAAUAAUGUCAAGACGACAUCUAACUCUUGAUGCAGUCU